GACGCUAUGAAGUUCAAUGGGCCUGCACCAGAGGUAAUCAACUGCCGCCUAGCAAUGAUCGGCUUCCUUUAUGCAGCCAGCAACGAAGGCUCGAGUGGAAAGUUAGUUCUAGACCAGAUCCAGGAAUCCCCUUGGUUUCCUUUGGCAUUAAGCGCCAUCUUCAUCUGGGCAUCGCUAGUACCCAUCACAAAGGGCGCCAAGCGGGAGAGCUUUGGCUGGUUCACUCCAAAAGCUGAGCUCACAAAUGGGCGCACAGCAUGUCUGGCAUUUGCAGUCCUUCUUCUUCUGGAGCAUAAGAGUGGGGUAGCAUUCUUUUGA